AUGUCAGAGCCAAAGAAACCUGGCUCUGAAUCCAACAUUCAUCGAAUUGAAGAGCGAUGGGAGCGUCUGAAUGAGAUGUUUCAAAACACCGAUCCUGAGCCUGCAGAGCUGACAGGCUCUGCCGAUGACCUGGAGGCGGAAAUUCGUCAGGCUCAAGCUCAAUUAUCGAGACUGAAGAAGCAGCGAGAGCUCAUUGAUAUCAAACAAAAGGUUGCAGAGGAGGAAAGGGAGUUGGAACGGGCUCGCACUCGACUUCUGGCCGCGACCACCCUGGAACUUCCCCCGGCUACCCCAGCCACGACUCCAUCCAGAGCUGAGCCCAAGCAGAACAUCAACGCUGGUAUUGAUGAAGCCCAAAAGAACAUUCAUCAUGUCCGAUCUGAGCAGAUUACCAACCGAGCACCUCCGACACAACCUGCUGAUUGUUCUUCUGACGCUAAGCCGUCCGAACCCAAACCUUCACCUAAACCCGCAACCAACCUGGUCUCCGGCUUGAACCUUGAACAAUUGCGCGCCCUCGCAGCAGCUACCAGGUCCCCGGCCACAUCCAUAGCCAUCAAAACCGAAUCCCGUCCCAGUCUGCCACCUUCCGCCCGAACUUUUCGUCCUGAAUCAUCCCUCCACACCCCACCGGUGCCCAAUGUGCCGGUAUACAACGGACGGGCUUUGGGAGAGUUCAAGAACUUUUCUAUGGGUCUAGAACGACACUUCGAUAAAUAUCCGGAGUGGUACAAGAUCGAUGAGCGCAAGAUCACGCGGGCGCUUAAGCACGUUGCCCUUAAUAUCGAGGAUGAGUGGAAGCGACACGUACGUCAUCUACCUGCCGAGAAGAUCACCUACGGCAGUUUCUGCACCUUCCUUAUUCACCAGCUUCAGAACGGAGUCUACCCUGAUGUUGCUAGGUCCCGCUAUAUGGAUAGUUAUCAGCGACCGGCCCAGUCCGUGACCGAUUUCUCCAACUGGAUGCAGCAGUGGGUGCCACACUUCCCGAAUAACGACUCGGAGCGUGAUCGCAUGCGCCAUCUCUUUGAGCAUCUGAUGAACAGGGUUCGCAACGAGGCUGACAAGACCCAUCUGGACUUUGAUAACUAUUAUGAGUUUGUCGAAUAUCUCCAGCGGGUCGAAGAUUCCAUCGGCAGUCGCGCCGAAUCUCUGGGUCGCCGGAUUAUCAACCCUCGAAAGCGACCUCGCAGCCACGAAUAA